UUACGCGCUGACUUUCAUGGCUGAGACGCGUCAUUAAGGAACCAGUAAACUAUGCGGGAUAUUUCUGAGUGACUGAACAGAAUUUAUUUGCAGCUCUGCGAUAAGAAGUUCGGCGCCUAUAAACUCAUGUCUGACCGUGAACGGAGCUAUAUUACCCUCCACGUGCCCUUUGCUGCUUCGGAGUUUUCUUCUCUGGUAUCUGCGGGUGCGUAACGUUCAGAAGGAGACGUUUAUUUUAGUGGGGAUUUUGGCACAGGACGGGACACCGUGUAAGACAGGCGCCAAGAAUAGGAGGCAACAAGUGGCUUACAUUUACGGGCAGAGGAGGCAGGACGCGGAGGCUCAAAGUUGGUGAACGGAAAGUUCGUUUCGACUUAAACUUUUUUGUUCGCCUUGUCUUUUAAUCCCGUUUGUGCGCAGUAAGUGAAGGAGGACAUCUCUUAAGUUGUAUAAACCUUACACGAGUUUGUCAUCGCCAUGAUUGGAGUGGUGAUUUUCCAGAUGUGGAUAGUUUUAUUGUUGGGGACUGUUACCGGAGUCGGGAGAGCUCAGGUCUCCAUCGCCAAAGUGAUGAUGGGCAACAUCAGGAGAGACGACAGCAAUCGCCUCACCACAGACUUGUACCGCAAAGAGGAAAACAUCACAGUCACACCAUCGGGUGGAGUCAUCCAAAGCCCACGCUACCCCAACGCUUACCCCCGCAAUCUGCUGCUGUCAUGGAAACUGCUGUCGCCACCAGGGAGCCGCAUACACCUGGAGUUUGAUGGACACUUUGGCCUGGAGGAGGAUGAGAAUGGAAUCUGCAGGUAUGACUUUGUGGAAGUGGAGGACCAAUCAGAGACCAGCACUAUAAUUUGGGGUCGCUGGUGUGGGCAGAAGGCGCCGCCCAGUCUUAACUCCAAAACCAAUACGCUCAGAGUCACCUUCAAGUCUAAUGACUACUUUGUUGCAAAGCCGGGAUUCAAAGUCUACUAUUCACUGCAGUAUGAGUCCUCUUUGCCUGCAUCCAACUCUAACUGGGAGGCUGUCACCAUGGCCAUGUUGGACAGUGGUGCAGGGCAGAGGCCAGUCACAGAGGUUCCUUUCUCAUUGGAUGAUUUGGAUCGGACCAUAGCAGCCUUUGACACCGUGGAACAGCUUUUCAAAUCCCUGAGUCCAGACACCUGGAGACAGGACCUGGACAGCAUCUAUACUCAAACACACAUACAUUAUAGAUCCAGGGCCUAUCAUCUGGCAAGCAGACAUAAUAAAGUGGAUCUGAACCGUCUGUACGACGACGUCAAGCAUUACAGCUGCACUCCUCGAAACUACUCUGUAAACCUGCGCGAGGAGUUGAAAGCCACCAACGCCGUCUUUUUCCCUCGCUGUCUGCUGGUCAAACGCUGUGGAGGAAACUGUGGCUGCGGGACCAACAACUGGAACAAUGGCUGCACCUGUCAGGCCUCAAAGUCAACGCUCAAACUACACGAGGUGCUGAAAUAUUCCCCAGAGGUCACCCUGUAUCGGCGCCAUCAGAGGCCGCAGGUGCGCUGGGUCAUCGAUGAGAUCUUCCUCACACACCAUGAGAAGUGUGAGUGUGCGUGUCCCUCUCAGCCCCCUCGCUGAGACACUCAGACCGACACUUGUAUCUGGAACUGUUGGAAAAGUUAUCCCCUUUUUGAUUUUGCAAAAGACUUAAUAUUAAAAAAGCACCGCAUCAACAUGUGCAGCAAAGAAGAAAGUGUCUAUCAACAGACAAACUACAACCCUGCAUCAUACCAACAACACUUAUAAGAACCUUCCUAUCUAUACAGGCCCAUUUUUAAAUGGGUAAAUGUUUUCAGCCAGACACAUUUUUUAUUCAAGUUUCCUGCAAUUUGAUGUCUAAAUCUUCCUCAAACAAUUUAAUUCAAUUGAGCAUCAUAAAGUGUUCUUUUUCUCCAGAAAUGUAAUAUUUGUGUGGGUGCCAACUUGAUGAAAUGGAUUUGAAAUUGCUCAAACCACUCUGUGAACUGUUUUUUAUUCCUAUUUCAUGUUCUUGUGUUUGAGUGUCUUUGUGUUGUGAUAAGACUGUUUCUAGAAACUUCAGGCACGUCUACUGCCAGGAGCGUGAUGAGAUGAGCGAAUGUGAGACAGAAGGAGAGAGUGAGAGAGAGAAAGGGAGGAGAGGAAAGAGAGAGGAAGCCAAAGUAAAACUUUAUCUUGAUGUGAAGUCAGGAUUUGUGUACUGUAAUUUAACCAGGUAAUUAACCCUUUGAGAUCAAGAUCCUUAUCCCAAGGGUGACCUGGCCAACAGGGCAGCAGCACACAUCAUCAUAAACAUGACAUAAUUAAGAGGCUAACCACAACCCACUGGCUCUGAAUUGCACACUAACACACAUCACAAACUGUUGACAGUUUUACCAUUAGGCAAAGGCUGGCAAUUGCCUCAUGAACCAAGGGACCUCAAGGUAUGUGCGACAUAUUGUGGCCCAAGAUGCCAACUUCCAAGGGGGUAAAAGCGUGAGACCUGAAUGUUUUGAUUUCGCUCGGAAUAUAAAGUAAAAUGAAAAAUCUACUGCAGGGCUGUCUACUUCGCUGCCUCUUUUCCUCUCUUCCUCUCAUUCAGCAUCACUUUGCUACUCCCUCUCUCCCUCUUACUCUCUCUCUCUCACCGCUUAAUCUCUCACACGUAUGCCCCGACACUAGUUAGUACAGGAGGAGAAGUGACAUGUGGAAGGAUAAUUAUCCUGUGGGGAAAAAAAACUCAGUAUAUUUUGAUUGGUCCACAAAUAGUAGUAUGUUAAGAAAAUGUCGACUGAUAAGAUGCAUGUUUCUCUUCAUAUAGUAGUAGGUGAUAUUGUUUUAUUAUCACGACACUACAUUGCGAUCAUAACAUGCUUUUUCAUGCAUAAAAGGAAUCAAAAAUCUCAAAAACAAUCUCUAGGAAGGAGCCCUGUGCCCUGUUGGUUCAACCCUUCAAAAAGCCCCAAAAUGUAUUCAUAUCCAAAUUACAAAUUGUAGUAAAGUAGACCUGAAGGCUAUAAAACUUUUCAAAUAAAUAAAUUAAGGGAUUACUUUUUGGUAAAAUGGCAAACAAUCAAUAAGAAAAUAUGAUUUGAGGCAGGAGGGCUGACCAAUAAUGUUGUGUUGUUACUCUUUUAAGAGGUAAUGAGUGAUACUGUGUGUGUUACUUUAUAUAACACAUAUAUAUUUAUAGUAAUACUGAACAUUUGUCUCUGUUCUGUAAUUCUGUGUUGUUACCUGAAAAUAGAUGCCUCCAAAUGUUUUGUUCUCCAGCUAUAAUUGCUCUUAGCAAAAUUUGGAAGGUCCUCAUAUUAAUCUUUGCCUGAGGCCUCGAAUGACUUGAACCGUCACUGCACACACAAUCACUCCGGGUCCACAUUCUCUGUAGUUUCUUAUGCCCUUUAUUUCCACAGCUUUCCUUCCAUCCAUACGCUUGCCGCUCUUUUUCUUUCUUGCUCACUGAGUCUGUCUUCCUCUCUCUUUCUUUCUCCCUUGCUCUUCAUCACUGGCUCUCAAACACAUCAAAGAAUCUUCAGACCAGGCAGCCCGAUCAGUCCAAAUUUUUUGGAACAUUUCUGGAAUUCCAACUACUAACCGGGAUUCUGUGAACACGGAUUAAACCUGUGAUCCUUACACCCUAAAUACAUAAAAGGGAAAGUGGGAGACUCCGCUCGGAAAGCGAGAGAGAGAGUUCUUUUAGGGAAGCACGGGCGGCUGACAGAAAAGGGACAAUCAAGCCGACUGUUUGUAGAUUACCAGCGCUCCUAGAUGAGAGCGGCGAGAGGACCCACUUUCAGGAUCCAGCACAUGAAAGAUUGCAGCUACUUCAGCGGUUUCAAUCAGCAUGUUCAUGAAUUCAGCAUGCCUGAUUCUUAGUCACCAUGUUUUUUUCCUCAUGAAAAUGCUUAUAUGAAGCUCAGUCUGAAUGACUCUGUGCAAGUCUUCAACAGCAUUACAUCUUAAAAGAGAUCUGUAGGAAUAAGGGUGAUGUUUUUAGUCUCUGAUGAAAUACAACUGAUACUCAGGUAUGUUUGUGUGUGCGUGUUCAGGAAGAAGUCUUUUGUAUAAGGGGUGAAGGGUGAGAGCUGGCAGCACAUACAAGCAUGUGACUGUGCAUGAAAGUGUGUGUGUGUGUGUGUGUGUGUGUGUGUGUGCAUGUGCGUGUGUAGGUAGCAAGUGUAUCAAAGCAACAGAGGGAGAUUUCAAACUCACUGCUUAUCAUCUCCACACACAUGACCCAGCUGUUAGAAAUGAAAGACACUGUCAUCUGUCAUCUCCCCGUCAUCAUCACGUCCCAUGAGUCUCCCCGUCACACGCUCAGGCUGGCUUGCAGGCUGGAUUUACACAGAGAAAAUGGGAUUUUACACACUACUUUUGUUCUUAAGACAGACAAAACAAAGAACGAGUGGACACUGAGACGAUUUCAUCGUCACGGUGAAACCAGAUCAGCUUUGUGCCGCUAGCGCUUUCAUGUGGGUGUGUGUACUAUAACGUCAAGCCUGUUAUUUGACAGGUGCGUAGAGUAAAAUGCACUCUUAGAUAUUAGCAGAUUGUGAAUUCGUGCAGUGAUGACAUUCCAUGUGAUUUAUGCCUAUAAUUUCCAAACAUGAACACACACACACACACACACACACACACACACACACACACACACACACACACACACACACACACACACACGUGUAGAGCUGUUGUUGUCUGUCAAAGAUGGCAGCCCUCAAUUUUCUUUCAAGCUUUUGCUAUCAUUCCCUGUUUUUCCAUUUUGAGACACAACGAUAAUCAUAAAGCACAAACAAUUUCACAGAUGAUACUAUAGUAAUACGUAUAAACUUUACUGCAAAUUGUGUAGAUACAGUAAGAGUUUUUUAUGAAUUCUGCUGCCGUAAGAAGACGUGUGUGUGUGUGUGUGUGUGUGUGUGUGUGUGUGUGUGUGUGUGUGUGUGUGUGUGUGUGUGUGUAUCCUGUGUCUGCCAGUUUUGUUCGUGUUAUCAGCACAUUCCAUUGUUGCGUGCUCCAAAGUGACAUUCCUCUUUUUCCUCAUCACUGUUAUGUUUUCCCUGCCAGUUCUAUUCACUAUAACCACAUGUACUUCAAUGUCCCACCUAUAAAGCCGAUUUUGUUAGUUUUCAGAUUUUGUUUUUUGGGAGGGGGGGGUCAUUCACUUCAAUUAACAUCAAAACCACAUUUUGGACCUUUGAUAAAUUGUCAUUGUUUCAGUGAGAUGUGUUCACUUCUGCUCCUGGGGGUUACUGGGUUUAUUCAGCCUUGCUUUGUACUCAGACAAAAGUUGUUGGUGUUAGUCUUAACAAAGGCCUGCUUCGCUGUGUUCAGAACAAUAUGCCUGACAAAACUUCAUGCUUUACUUCAAUAAUUUAUUGUGUCUUGUUCUUUUGUUUUAUUAUACACACCAGCUGGUUGUUCUUGAUGAAUAAAGUGUUUCUAGCA